UGUAAUGAUGUAAUGUUGGGACAUGUCAUCUGUUUCUAACAUUUGUUAUUCUGCUCCUUGUACGAGCUUUGUAGCUACUCUCUUCUGUAGAGUUUUGGUAAUGAUAUUCAUGUUGCAAAAUCCUGCGAUGGGCACUUUAAUGCGUGUAUGUAUUGAGGUGUUUAUCGUAGGUUAAGAACCUGAGGCUUGAAUUAUGCAAAGGUUAGCAAAUUGGGGCUAAAUUGUAUAAUUCCGGUCCCAGAGUCUUACACUAUUGACCUCUCUGUUAGGGAUUUCCAAGUCCCAACUGCCUGUGUGCUCGCAAAGUAGUGUUCUCUUGCUGCUAAUUGGACGAUUAAUAGUGUUCUCAACAAAGCUACUUGAUCGAUCUUGGUAUGCUUGGAUUGGUUUGUUAACGAAGAACUGAAGUACUGGCUUCCCACAGCUUAGUCUGGUGUUCACACCGCUUAUUUUUGUUGGUUUGAUGUCUAAUUUUGGAUGGCAUGCGCAUAUGCAUGAGGCGCAGCACAUGACUGCAGUUAAAAUCUCCAGAGCUGGUACGAGGCUGACACAAUCCGCUGAAAUUUAGAUUUGAAUGAAUGGUAGAAUCGAUAUGUUUUCUGCUUUAUCAGCUAUCCUUCUUUGCAAAAAUUGACUUGCUACUUGACUUUUGGUACUCAAUUCAGUGCAAAACCUGGAUUUGUACUUAGCACCAAAUAAUGAAUAUCACCCGAUUCCAUAAUUGUUUGCUUUGAUUUUUCAGGGGUGGAGUUGUGCAUAAGGUACUCAAAAGACUGGUACUCAAAAUGUCUGAAAAGAGGAAUACUACAAGCUUGUGCUUGUUAUGUAUUGACACAUUCAGUAAAAGUUAUUCCGCUGCAAUAUAUUCCAAAUUUUCCAUGAUGCUCUGUCUCCUUACAUCCUGAACUCACACACACACAUAUAUUCCAAUAUAUAGUGUAUAGUAUAUUCAGAUGUAUUUAAACUGACUGCUAUUCAUUCAUCCUUGUCUAUUUGCAGAACAUGAUCUAGCGGCACACAACGUCCACACCAGUCGUACAGAAGUUGUUGUCAUGUGCUACUGGCAUGACAUCUAUGGUUCUUCUGUUAACAUGAAAACUACAUAUUUUUUGUGGAGAAUGAGGAGUGCAUCUUUUAAGGGCUUAUGGUAUGGACUAUCUUGAUUUUGUAAGGUCCAGAUCAGCUGUAUGAAAAUUGAAUUUGUAAUGUUAUGGGUACCAUUUGAUUCCCGCUUCCACCUAAUUCUACAGAUGCUUUGAACUGGAAACAAAAGGGUCACAAUUGCCUCCCCUAAGGUUGUUAAUGCUUAAAUUUGACACUACGAAAUCUAAACUGCCCCGUUAAAAAAAAGAACAAAUCUAAAUUCUGCGGGCAUUGAACGAAUCCAUGAUGAGUAGAAGCAAGCUUUUUCGUCAGUACUUUGUGUUGCACCGUUUUGGCUCCUAUAUAUGUCUUCUUGUUUGGUACUUGAACAUUACUUCACAGUAAGCAUAAGUGUUGGGUUGGAAGAGAAUACUCCAUCGAAACGUACAUGCUGCAAAAAAGAGUGGAUGAUCUGUUUGAGCAAAUGAAAAUGGAACUUGCUGUACCACCAAGUUUAUGUCAAGUGUUUUUGCUAAGACUAUUUUUAUGAAGAAGAUGACAUAGGUUGCAGCACUGGUUGCUGGGCUACAAUUUCUGCAGGUGGGGUGGCAUGAUUUUAUUCUAUAUAGUCAAAUUAUCAAGCUUCAAUGAUCUGCAGGUGAGAAAAUGAAUUAUCACUAAGUACUCGGCUGCCUGAAUAUAUGUCUCUGCAUAUCUCUUUUUAUCCCGUUGCAACGCACGGGUAUCUUUUCAGGUUGGUGGAUGCUCUCUCUUCUCUCUUUUCAGGUCCAGUUGUGCUUCAUCUUAGAGGGAGAUAAUUAAGAUACCUAGCUAUACUGAAUUGUGAAUUUUAUUGGAAUGAUUAAUUAUGCGAUUUGUACAUUACAGAAAAGGUUGGGAAGGUGGGGAAUGAAAUUGCUGAAACAAUAAUGUGUUAUGUUUUUUGCUUCCAUAUGCAGAGAAAGAAGACCAGGCGACGCGCGGAGCAGAGAAGCGUGGCGGCAACGGCGCGUACAGGGCGGAGGACAACUACGACUACCUCUUCAAGGCGGUGAUCAUCAGUGACUCCAGCAUCGACAAGUCUAACCUGUUGUUGCAGUUCACCGUGAAAAGUUCUGCCUCGAGUCCAAGUCCACCAUCGGGGUCGAGUUUGCCACCCGCAGCCUCCAGGUCGACGGCAAGGUCGUCAAAGCGAGUCAGGAGAGGUGCGUGCUCGUCUCUCUUAAUUGUUCCCAACCCCCAUUCAACUCUGGCUGCCUGUUGGUGUGCAAAUUGCACUCAGACGGACCUUACCGCCGGCAAUGAGGUUGACCAGGCCACGACGGUUGCGGUUAAAGUUGAGGUCAGUUUGGGUGUUCAUUGUCCAAGUGAACAUGUGGAUUAUUCACCCGCAAAAAAAAAGAACAUGUGGACUAUAAUUUUAUAUAACACACAUUCAAGAGUAUGGCUAUGCAUGGAGGAACCAAUUUCUAUUUGACCCGCUUUCAUAUGAAACAAUGAAUGUGAAAGUAACAUUCCUGACCUGCAUGAUUUUGUGAAUCUGUAGCAACGUACGGGCUCCACCAGUAUCUGUUAACACCGAGACGUAGAGCAAUCUCAAAAUCUACCGACUCAGCUUCAGAAAAGUGUAUUCACGAGCUAAUCCAAACACAGGGCAUUCUGAUUUAAAAAAAUGUGCAAGGUGAUAAACUGCUAAUCAAAACACCGAAGCGUUCUGAUUAUAGAAAAUGUACGAGGUGCAGCUCCAAACGCUAGCGCAUCCAAAUUAUAGAAAAACGUACGAAGUGCUUCCAGACACAGACGGUUCCACAAGCUAAUAAGACUAAUGAAGAAGUCUGAUAAUCCAAACAUUCCUCUUCCCUCCUUGCAAACUUUUACAUCGGAAAUUUCCAACAUUUUCCAUGCUACUUCGGCUAAAGCAGAGACGGCUGCUGCACGAGUGCAUCAGUGCAUCAGAUCUGCUGCCAUGGUCCAAUUGCUCUUCUCUGGUGUACGGUGUACCCCUCUUUCCCUUCCUCUUACAUUUUGCAUCUUUGUCCUUUUAUUUUCUCACAAACAUUCUCCCCUCUCACCCCCUCUCCUCUACAUCUUUAACAAGCAAGGAAGAUAUCUUCUCAAGGAGAUUCCAAAUCAUCUCCCCUCUCCUCAGAGUUCCUCCCUCCCCUUGUACAUUCACACCACUCCUGAACUUCCUUCCCCCAUUGCUGUCACAACCCCAAGCCCCAAAUGUCGAAAGCUUCACCCUUCUCACCGCCAUUGCCCACCUCGCUCUGCCGCCCGCUGCCAGUCUGCUGCAUUGCUAUAAAAUCCACUGCGUCUCCACUCCGACCCCUCUAAUCCAGCCAAGAAGCCAUGGCCGGAGCCCCCAAAUCCACCCGCAUUAUCUUCCUCCUCCCCCUCCUGCUGCUCGGGGCAACGGCCUCCUCCCAUCCCCUCCUCAACGCCUCUCUCCCGGAACCCGCCGCCGUCGUCGCCGACUUCCACAGCAAGGUGGCGACGUCGCGACGGCGGAUGCAGGAGUCCGGCGGCGGGUGCAUGACAGGCAACCCAAUCGACGACUGCUGGCGUUGCGCGGGCACGGACUGGCGCCAGGACCGGCAGCGGCUGGCCGACUGCGGCAUCGGGUUUGGCCGCAACGCGCUGGGCGGCAAAGGGGGGCCCUUGUACGUGGUGACAGACUCCUCGGACCGCGACCCCGUGAACCCGUCCCCUGGCACGCUCCGCCACGCCGUGAUCCAGGAAGGGCCCCUGUGGAUCGUCUUCGCCGCCGACAUGACCAUCCGGCUCAACGAGGAGCUCCUGGUCAACUCCUACAAGACCAUCGACGGUCGUGGCGCCAACGUCCACGUCGGGGCGGGCGGCGCCUGCAUCACGCUGCAGUACGUGUCCAACGUCAUCAUCCACAACAUCCACGUGCACGACUGCGUGCCGGCGGGGAACGCCAACGUCCGGUCGUCGCCGACGCACAGCGGGUGGCGGACCCGGUCGGACGGCGACGGCAUCUCGCUCUACUCGGCCCGGGACGUGUGGGUCGACCACUGCGCGCUGUCCCGGUGCGCGGACGGGCUGGUGGACGCCAUCAUGGGAUCCACGGCCAUCACCGUCUCCAACUCCUACUUCUCGCACCACAACGAGGUGAUGUUGCUGGGCCACAGCGACGACUACCUGCCGGACUCCGGGAUGCAGGUCACCAUCGCAUUCAACCACUUCGGGGUCCAGCUCGUGCAGCGGAUGCCCCGAUGCCGCCGCGGCUACUUCCACAUCGUCAACAACGACUACACCGCCUGGGAGAUGUACGCCAUCGGCGGCAGCGCCAGCCCCACCAUCAACUCCCAGGGCAACCGCUACAUCGCCCCCGCCAACCCCAACGCCAAGGAGGUGACGAAGCGGGUGGACACGGCGGAAGGGCAGUGGAACGGGUGGAACUGGCGGACGGAGGGGGACAUGAUGGUGAACGGCGCCUUCUUCGUGCCCUCGGGUGAAGGCAUGGAGGACAUCUACCAGAAGGCCUCCAGCAUAGACCCCAAGUCCUCCGCGCUCGUCGACCAGCUCACCAUCGGCGCCGGCGUCCUCGGCGGCCCUAGGGACAACGGGGAGGCGGCGGCGUACGCCGGGGUCAACUACGCCGGAGUGAGCACCGGCGGUGGUGCCUCUGGAGGCAGAGGCAACGGGUAUGGCGUCCUCGGAAUGGUCUAUGCCAACGGCGGCGAUUGGAUCAGCUGCCGAUCUCACUUGAUACCAUCAUUGGCCUCUCUGCUGGUCUUUGCUCUAGUAUGCUUGCACCCAUUGUAAGACCCAAUCAGGACGUUACUUGAUUGCUACUAUGAUUCAACUGGGAAAGGUAGGAAAAAGGGAAGGAGGAAAUGAGGGGGGAGUUGACACUAGGGAGAUAGGCAGCAGGGGUAGAUAUAUUAUAGAUAUCCAUCAUGUGCCAGCAGCACAUGGGAUGGGGUGGGUAUACUGCAGGCUAGCAUCACCUUUAGCUGUUGCAAAUGAUUCACUGAUUCGUUCAUGCUUAUUAACUCUAACAUCUCUGUAAUCUCUGCCAAAGAAAAAGAAAUUACAGGUAUCUGUGGUUUUCAAGGGAAA